AUGGCCGGUCUCGACCACGGCAACGCCAUGCCCGCGGCAAUCGCCCUCGCCGCCCAAGACGAGGAGCGUGCGUCCCGCAACCCCUCGCGCGCAGCCUCACUCCACGCUAGCAAGGACGAGAAGAACGUCAACGCCCAAUACUCUGUCGGGCCUGCCGCCGCCAUCGAGUAUGGCCACCUUCCCGGCGAGCCCCUCGUCUACGACGACCCGCACGAGGGCGAUGAGUUCCCCACCGAGGAGGAGCGCCACACUCUCCCCCGCCAGCCCGACCGCCUCCCAUGGGCUGCGUACCUGAUCGCCUAUGUUGAGCUUGCCGAGCGUUUCUCAUACUACGGCUGCACUGUCGUCUUCACCAACUUUAUCCAGAGGCCCCUACCCCCCGGAUCGCGCACUGGUGCUGGUGGCGCGGACGGCCAGUCUGGUGCUCUCGGUAUGGGCCAGCGCGCCUCGACCGGUAUUACCACCUUCAACUCGUUCUGGGUUUACGUGACCCCGCUCUUUGGUGCCUACAUUGCCGACAAGUACUGGGGCCGUUACAAGACCAUCUGCGUUUCCGUCGCCAUUGCCCUCGUCGGCCACGUCCUCCUUGUCAUCUCGGCCAUCCCCGGUGUCAUUGACCACUCGCAGGGUGGCAUUGCCUGCUUUAUCAUUGCCAUCAUCGUCAUGGGAUGCGGUACCGGUGGCUUUAAGAGUAACAUUUCGCCACUUGUCGCCGAACAGUACCGCAAGACCAAGCUGUUUAUCCGCACCGACAAGAACGGUAACCGCCAGAUCAUCGACCCCGUCCUCACCGCCUCGCGUAUUUACAUGUACUUUUACCUGUUCAUCAACAUCGGUGCUCUGGUCGGCCAGAUCGGCAUGGUCUACGCCGAAAAGUACGUUGGCUUCUGGCUCGCCUUCCUCCUGCCGACCAUCUUCUUCUGCACGGCUCCCAUCGUCCUCUUCCUCGGCUACCGCAUGUACUACAAGACCCCGCCCCAGGGCUCGGUUCUCAGCGGUGCCAUGCACGUCUUCAUGUACGCGGCCAAGGGCAAGUGGACUCUCAACCCCUUCAAGCUCGCCCGCAACUUUGGCGCCAAGGAGUUCUUUGACACGGCCAAGCCCUCGCACGUCCUUGCCACCACUGGCAGCACCCCCAAGUGGAUGACCUUUGACGACCGCUGGGUCGACGAAGUCCGCCGUGGAUUCAAGGCCUGCAACGUCUUCCUCUGGUUCCCCAUCUACUGGCUCACCUACAACCAGAUCAACAACAACCUCACCUCGCAGGCUGCCACCAUGGACACCCACGGUCUUCCCAACGACGUCCUGUCCAACCUCGACCCCUUCGCGCUCAUCAUCCUUAUCCCCAUCUGUGACAUGUUCGUGUACCCCUUCCUCCGCAAGAUGGGUAUCAACUUCACUCCCAUCAAGAAGAUCACCUUUGGCUUCUUCUUUGGCUCCGCCGCCAUGGUUUGGGCUGCCGUUGUUCAGCACUACAUCUACAAGACUAACCCCUGUGGCUACGAGGCCUCGACCUGCGAGGACGCCGACGGCAACGUCCUCACCUCGAACCUCAACGUCUGGAUUCAGUCUGGCUCGUACGUCCUCAUCGCCAUCUCGGAGAUUCUCGCCUCCAUCACCGGUCUCGAGUACGCUUUCACAAAGGCCCCAAAGAACAUGCGUUCGCUGGUCAUGGCCAUGUUCCUCUUCAUGUCGGCCAUCUCCUCGGCCCUCGGCGAGGCCUUUGUCUCGCUCUCGAACGACCCCCUUCUUGUCUGGAACUACGGCGCCAUGGCUGUCCUCGCCUUCUUCGCUGCCAUCGGCUUCUGGUUCUCGUACCGCCACCUCGACGCCGAGGAGGACGACCUCAACCAGCUCGAGACCGGUGACCUCCACGCCGACGAGCACCAGGGCCAGUUCACCGAGAAGCAGGCGCACGCACUCGACCAGUCGACCUCGCGCCAGGAGGAGCAGCACGUUGCUCAGCUGUAA